AUUCCAGGCCCCGCCCCCAGCGCCGUGAUGGACAGCCCGGCAGCGCGCAUGCUCAGUGGGGUGUGUGGUGAAGCGAUGGCGUUGCGAGCGACGGAGGAGUGGGUGAAGCGGCGGCUGUCGCUGGAGGAGGAGCGGCUGGCGGAUGUACGAUCUUUGUUCUUGCCCGGAAGUUGCGAAGAAAAGAUCACACACCUUGGCAAGUCUCUCAAGAACUUUACACGUCUCAAAAUACUUGAUCUAUCGCGUAAUUCUUUGAUUUCAUUGGAGGGGAUUCAACACUUGGUUCAUCUGGAAAAGCUCAACCUAUAUUAUAACAACAUUGCAGUUUUGAAAGAUAUUUUUCUUCUUCGUAACCUGGGUGCCUUGACAGAACUUGACUUGAGACUGAAUCCUGUGGCCAAAAAUGAACCGGACUAUCGACUAUUUAUUGUGCACAUGCUCCCCAAUCUUCGAACUUUAGACGAUCGACCAGUCAGAGACAGUGAGCGCAAAGCAGCACUGAUGAACUUCCGAACCGAUCAGGCACAUGAGUUCCAUGAAUAUACUGCUCAAGAAGCAGAAAAUGUAAGCAGAAAAAGUCAAGACCCCUAUAACGCAUCAGGUGCAAGUGCAGAUGUGGUGGAAGAGGACGGAGUUCAGGGAGAAGAUAGAAAGCGGCACACUGAGGGAAUGAGAGCUGUGAAGGCAGAAGGACAACUGAGAAAGUGGCCAGCAGCAGAAGGUCAAGAUCGGCCCAGGCACCCAAGGGCAGAGUUUACAGGCUCAUUGGGAAAGAAAUACUCUGAGCUUGACAAAGACGAUGAAGCUGUUUUGAAUCUAAUUGCAAAGUGUAACUUGGAUAUGAACGUACCUGCGAGAAUCACAGGUUCAGUGAAAUGUAUUCCUGAGGCCGAGUUACGUAGCUUGCAAGGUAUUCACAAGAUUGACGAUGCAAGAAGCCAGGAAUCCAUGGCAAGAAAUACCUCACAUGCAACCAGAUCCUGGCCAGUCAGCGCUUCUAAGGGUGUCAUGAAUCCACAAAGGAAAAGCUCUGUAGAAUGUCAAGCGGUUAAUGAAGACUAUCAGUCAUUACCCAAUGUUUCCUGUCCACGAUCUCGCACCAUAGCUUGCAAUACAGAUGUCACACCACGACCUAGUCGAGUAACAUUUGCAGAUGAAAAAACACGCAAAUUUUCUGCUAUGGACCUUAACUUGAAAUUUCAAGAUGAGGCUGAGGCCUAUCACAGGGUCACCACCCGCUCACACUUCACCCCACACCCAGGCUCUAUGCGUAAUCAUUCUGCUGCGCAGCAUCAGCUUCCUAGAUCAAUAGCUUCUUGCACUUCUACUGGGGCCAUGCUAUCCAGUGUGAUGAAUGAAGAGAAGCAGAGGGAACAGGACCAACCAACCAGAAUGGCGUAUAGUCACCCCACAGCAGUGCUGAAGCUACAUGGUGGACAACCCACCACAGCCCCGACUUCAACAGCUUCUCUCCACAACCAAGUGGACGAAACACACGUCAGGAGGUUAUCUGUCUCACCGAGAUCUUAUGGAUCUGACCGGAGGUACAGUGAUGCGAACAAUAGAUGUUACGAGAGAAUUCAAUCAAUACCUUGUGAAGCUCUAGCUUCGGAAUGUCCAGCAAUUGAUCAAAACUUCUUUAAUCCAAACUUGAUGAAAAAUCUCUUAGAUCUUGUUGACAGAUACUGGAAUGGAUUUAAGUCUCUUCAUUGUAAUGAAAAGUUUCUGCAUCAGGCAGGAAAAAUAAUGUCAGCCAUGCAGGAGGACAUGAUGGUCAAACAGUCAUCUGAAAAAAUAAAGAUACUUCAAGAUGAUACAAGUGAUUUAAAAGCAGAGAUAAAGUCAUUGGAAAACUGCCUUUGCCAACAAAAACAGCAGUACACCGAGGAACUUCAAGCACUCUCAAUGCAGCUAACGCAAGCACAAAGAGAUACGGAAGUCAUGAAAAAUCAUUUAAAUCAAUCUAUGGACGACAAAAAUCAACUACAAAAUCUUCUGAAGAAGGUGGAACAAAAAUCACACAAUGUUUCCAAUUGCACAAACCUUCAAGUUGAAGAACUAAAGAACCACAACCAGCAGCUGUGCAAUGAGAUUGACAGUCUGAAGCACCAGGCCCAGUGUUACCUCAAAAUCCAGGAACUGACUGACAAGCUCCAGGAAAGCCACAGGUCAUUGGUAUGCACAAAUGAACACUUGCUGAGGGAGCUGGCCGAAAUGCGAGCUCGACACAAGGCAGAUGUAGACCAGUUGCAUUGGAGCUACAUUCAGCUCAAAAAGUCCAUCGAGAAGUCGACCCGCAAUGUGGCCAUGACUGGCUGCUUGCCCUCAGGCAGAGACAUGGAUAAUCGGAGACGCUAAAGGAAUCCCACAAUAAUUCUGUGAAAUGGUCUAGAGAAAAUAAAUUACAAGGAGCCUCUGUCACAUCACUGUUUACUGAACAUACUUCCCCUUACAUCAAAGUUUAAUAACUCAUAGCUAGAUAAGUGAUAUCGGUUUUAAAAUAAAGGUGCUGGAGUAACUCAGCAGGCAGCAUCUCUGGAGGACAUAGAUACGUGAAGGUUUGAGCUGGGAACCUGAACCUUCACUAUACAGUGGUAUACGUGUCUAAGCAAGGUAACAAAUGUGGAAAUGUAACAAUAUUUACUUUUAUCAACAAGGCUUCAGAGCUUGGUAAUUUAUCACUUUUUGUCCAUUUUUUUGUAGUUUUCCCUCCGCCUGGCUCCAAGUGCCUUAUGUCCAAAGUACUAAAUGAGUACUAUAGCAGUCUGCAGAAGUGAUAUGCAGCUGAGAUUCUGGAUGACCUAAAAUUGAUAGAGGAAGUACUAAAAGAAAAGUUGCAUUUAAAGUUGAUAAAUCAAUGUGUCCCGAGAUAGGUUGCAGGAGGAGGAGAGAAAAUUGCAGAGACACACCGUACAUAAUCCCACACUGCUAAAGAUUCAGAGGGAACGCCUGGAGGCUGCAAAAUUGCAAAUGUUAUAUCCGUAUUCAAACAAAAGGUGUAGAAAUGAAACCAGUAACUACAAAGGAUUGAGCUUAACCUUAUGGUGUUGAAUUCUUGAAACGAUUGGCAAAGGAAGAAUAAAUUACUUGGACCGUGGCAGGUUUCAGGGACAUAGAAACAUAGAAAUUAGGUGCAGGAGUAGGCCAUUCAGCCCUUCGAGCCUGCACCGCCAUUCAAUAGGAUCAUGGCUGAUCAUCCAACUCAGUAUCCUGUA